AUGCGAGCAGAAUCGUCACCGAAUCUUGCUCGCAGACCGCCCAAAAGCCAGCAGAUCGAGCCGUCGUCUCCCUUGAGAGAUCACAAUGUAACACCCAAUCGUCCUUCCGGGCUGUACGACUCCGGCUCCGUGCAAGAUCGCAUUCGGCAAUGGCAGGCACAGGGUGCGGCCAAUGCGCCGGCUCCGGAUGCAGUGAGCAUCAGAUCGAUCCCCUUCUCGGACUGUCCAUCCACUGUCUCGAGACCAAAGUCGGAGUAUGGAGAUGAGAACGCAAUUCGGAGAGAGGGUCGGACAAGGAACAAGCCACCACCACCAGCAGUAGCAGCCGCAGCAGCAGAAGAAGAAGACCAGCAACACAAUAGGACGGUCAGAAGUCUCAGUGCGCCCAGAAAGCGCAUCAUCAGUGACAGCCGUUGGAAAGUGAAGAGAGAAGCCAAGGAUCGCGAGACUGCAAGAUCCGCUCCUAAAAUCCGCCCGCUGUCGACCCAGUAUGACCUCUCUUAUACAUCGAAUCAAGAGAAGCGCCGGGAGCGACGAAGAUCACAUCGCCAACAAAAUCCUGAUUCUGAUCAAGCCUCGGAACAGAAGCCAGUAUGCGAUGACGGGAUCAGGGUGACAGCUCUCCCGCCUAACCAAGAAGCGUGGAUGGGGGAGGAUGGGCGCCUGGCCGAUGUUGAAAGCCUGGUCGAUGACAAUCUCGCCCGCCAGUUGACCGCCGAGUCAACAGAUAAGGGUAUAAUGGACAGAUACUCCGAGACAUCCAUCCGCCCAGAAGAAGGUGACGGCCUCAACCGAAGAAGGAGUAAAUAUGUCGAAAUGCUUGGGAGGGCCCCCACCGGGCCCUUGGACAAGGACGAAUCUAGGUCGAGGAAGAUCGGGCUGUUUGGUAAAACAAUGGAUAUGUUCGUGAAGCCAGAUUCAGCCCCUUCCAUGGACAAAAGGCUACCAAGCAUCGAGGCGUGGCUUGAUGAGCAACCGGAUCCAUUCGUGGAUGGAGCUACACUGGGUGAAGUUCCCCAAGUCGACGUCCCGCGUCCACUGAGGAAACGAACUGAGCGCAGAAGAUCAGCAGAGAAGUCGUAUAUAGUAGACCCUAACAAGAUCUGGGAUACUAUACAACCGCAGCAAGACUCAGGAGAACACGAUGCACCAACUCCCGGUGGAGCUCAAGCAUGUGAAGGGACAUACCUUGCAGGCAGCCACCAUGGCUCUCCGUCCACGGCCCGGGACCUUGGGAGAGAUGACUGGCAGGAUACAGAAGGGUCGCCGUCGUCGUUACGCAGGCGAGGGGCACGACAUCGUCGCCAGAGAGAUUCUCCUCGUAAGAAGUCGUCAGUGCAUCUUGAAAUGCCAGAUGAAAGCCAAAUUCGGAGCGAGGAAUAUGCGGCUCCGAGAAGAGACCUGAAUCCAACAUGGGCGCCUCCGCGGCCGUGCUCACCCACUGGCACAUAUCCUCUGCCAGCCGUUGCCUCCGUGGAGACAUUGACCGAGAGCCAAGUUGUACCAGCUCCUCAGGACUCGAUCGCGGGGGGUAACUGCGGCCUCAAGCGCAAGCUCACAACACACGAAGAUCUGAUGUCAGUCCUUUCUCAACCAAGAACAGGGAGGAGUCGUCGUUCUGUACGGAAUAAGAGGAGCACACAAGAAACAAGACACUCACCGACCGUGCAAGAAAUAGUGCGCGCAUUCAUGGCAGACGAGGAGCGGUAUGUGCGAGAACUAAGAACUCUGGUUGAUGGUGUAAUACCGGUCUUGUUACAAUGUGUCCUCUCCAAGACGGAUUCGGCUGCAGCGGCAGGACUGUUCACAUCUUCAAAUUCGAGCACUGAUCAGAUGAGCUUCACCCAGCCUAUCAUCGAGAUGGGCAUUGCGCUUGAGCGGCUGAAGACUUUGCACAGCCGCGUCCCCGGCCAGGACGUCGACGGAAUCCUUGGCUGGGCGCAGAACGCGCAAAGAGCGUACAAAGACUACAUUCAAGCAUGGAGGCUCGGUUUUGAGGACAUUGUCAUCAACCUCGCACCGUUAGACAGUUCAAAAUCCAGCCCGACAGAACAAGGCAUGGCUCGAGAUGAGUCUGGCGACGUGGUCGACACCGAGGGAAAGAAGGUGGAUGUUGCAUACCUAUUGAAAAGACCGCUGGUGAGGUUGAAAGGCCUGAGUAAAACCUUCAGCCGCCUCAGAGAUGAAUGUGGCAAGCCUCUGGCGGCGCGUGCGGCUGACAUAUAUGACGACCUGACGGCGAUGGCUAAGCGGCGUCAUCACGAGGAACAGACACGCUUGGAAGAUGAAGCCGCAGCAAAUAUUGAUGCCAUGAGAGUCCGCGAUAUACGAACAAUGGCAGCCAUCACUGGCGUUGUCGUCAACAAGUCUCGUCGGGUCAAAGCCAGGGACUUUUUCAACCUAACGUUGUAUCAUUCUACCGGACAAAGAAUGGAUUGCGGCGUGGAGAUGAUCUUCCGCGACAAUGCCCGCGGUGAUCCUGCUGGAGGUGAUGUGCUCAUCUGUGAGGUCGACGACACUGGGAAGUGGCUGCUCUUUGCACCGGUCGAGUUGGCUUCGAUAUCGGCAAGACGCGGUGAGAAGGAAUUCGACCUCGUGGUCAUGAUACGUGGUAGGGCCGGCCUGGGUCAAGAGUGGCAUGAACUACUUGCCUUGAAAACCGACGACACACAAGCUGUGACUGAGUGGAUGGAUAUGCUUGGUUCGAACCCGCUGCCCCCAAGACUCAAUCGAACAUCCAGCUUUGUCAAAAAUCCGCCCGCCUCGACCAAGAAGCCAUCGAAGGAUGCCGACUCCUCAAAACAAGAGAUCCAGAGUGCGACCUUAGGUCCUACUGACACUCCAGAAGCCUUGGAUGUACCACUUGGUGAGCCAUCCGUCAUCGGAAGUCGCACCCAUCUGAGCCAGCGCUCUGAACACACGAGGCCUCUGUUAGAUAAACCAUUGCCACGGCUCAAUCUGGGCGGCGGGCUAGCCACGAAGCCUAUGCCUCAAUUCCACACUUCGUCGGCGGCGGACACCAGGCACACACCAUCCUUUGUGUCCUCGGAUACUUCUACCAUCUCCGACCGCUCAGUGAAAGCAACCCUCACAGCCCUGUCAUCGCCGUCGAACUCUGCAUUGUCCAAACUCGAGCCGCCGGGGAAGCAGUCGAGGAACGCGACGGUCCCGCCGACCCCUUCCCAAGCGGUAUCUCCAAAAACUCCACCGAAAGAGAAGCCUAUAGCUACACGUCAAGAUGCCAGACCGUCGCCGAACCUGAGAAGGACAGACCAGGAUUCGCAUAACUGGAUGACCUCUCCUACGUCCAGAUACACUCAACCUUCGAAAGUCGACAUUGCUGAACCAUCCUCAACCAGACCACAAGCUCCUCAGCCAUCUACAAGAGGUGAAUCCACUUCUUCAGACUAUGCCGCCCCAGUCGCAACUCCUUCACGGCCAAGUUAUCAGCGGGCAUUGUCCUCGACACCAUCAAAGGAGCUUCCUACAGUUUCGAAAAUCCGUCCUCAACAGCAGCCACCGAGUCCAUCCGCUCCUGCACCCAGCUCCAGGAACUCGGAGACACCCAAAAGCGUGCAAGUGCAGGAUGCGGAGGUACAAGCCAAACAGUCAAGGCAGCACACGAAGAGUUCAUCAACAGGUCAGAUCUUCACCGAAAGUCUUCCAUCGCCGCCACCUCACACCCUACGUCAAGGGCGCCCGGCGAAGUCUGUCUCGGCCAGUCCCCAGACUGGCUCUCCUCUCGUCGCUCCUUCUGUAGAGAAGACGGCGAAGAGGAGGACUUCAUCGCCGUUGAAGCACGAGUACGCCCCGUCGACAACUUCAGACAGCUCCUCUGAAUAUGAUUCAGACUGUGCCAGCGACUUGUCCUCUGACACCUCCGAUGCGUUGAUGUCCGAGUCCGGCGACAAGCCAACACCGCUGGUGGCCAUAACGGCGGGUGGGCGACGGCCGUCAAAGCCGGCGGGGCCUCCGACAUCAAUACCGUCGACCGGGGCACGGACCUUGGCCCCUUCAGAUUCAGCCUCGCAGGGGCCCUACCGGAGGGUGCCCUCGUCUCAAACGGUGCCGGGGCAUAAGAAGGUCAAAAUGAUUGCGAUGAUAUGCUCCUGGUCCGACAAAGGAAAGUGGGAGCAAAUUCACCCCGACGAGUGCUCGAUUGUCAUCUCCCCGGGCCUGAUCGAAGCGUUCGAGAUGUCGGCUGCCCACUCAGAUCCGCACGCAGUCUCUGGUGCCGGCAAGUCCGAUGGACCUGACUCGCGAACUUCUUCACUCGCCAUUCACCCGCUGGUAGCUUUCGAGUUGACGCCUAUUGUUGCUCUUCGAAGAGGCACAGCAAUAGACAUCUCGAUAAGAUCUCCCCCAACGCCCAACUCCAGGAUCAAGACAACCAGCAUUGUGAUGUUUCGCUCAAGGAACCCGGAGGAGUGCGAGGCAUUGUAUGGGAUGAUCAACUGGGCGCGAUGCAACAACCCGACCUACAUUCAACUUCAGAAUGCACGCCCGCGGCGCCAGCCAUCAGUGACUUUCAAUGUCGGCCAGGAUAGCCACAGCCGUUCACGGUCGAGCUCAUGGUUCAGCUUCGGCAGUCGACAGAAAUCCAGCUACCGCGCCUCUUCGGCCCCAACACCCGCAUCCGUCGACAUGUCGGUCGAAAGUUCUGGGACCAUGAGCAGUGCAUUUUCUGCUUUGAGAAGAUUCGGUGUCAGCUCCGCCUUCAAUCUGAACCGGUCUUCGGUGAUCCGCAAAAACGGAAAUGGCGGCACCGGCGCGUCGUUGUACUCGUCGAGUAGUGGUACCGGCACCGGGUCCGGCUCGAGCACACCAGCUCCUAGUCAACUUGGCUUUGUCCCAGGAAAGGACGGACCUAAUGUUCCAUCCACCAGUGCAGCAGCGGCCAAUGGAGGAGGCAUGGUCAACAACAUGAAGAUCCGGCUUUACGUCAGAAAGGGGCAACAUUGGGAAAACCUGGGUGCCGCACGUUUAAGUGUGUUGCCAGCAUCGACCCCUGCUGCUCCUGCUGCUACGGAGAGUCGACCAACGGCACCCGGCCGACCAGGAGAUUCUGUCGAACCAUCGCCCCCCGCGACGCCAGCACAUAGCCGAACACCGUCUAAUAUCACACCUGUCAUCGGUCAGCCAGGCCAAAGUCGUGGCCCGCGUCUUGCGAGCGCUAAUCACACUCCGCACCGCGUGCACGGCAAUGGUCUUGAGAAAAGACUCCUCCUGACCCGGAACAAGGACCCGGAAGCAGUGCUUUUGGACGCUGUCCUGGGCGAGAGCUGCUUCGAACGAAUCAUGCAGACCGGCAUCGCUGUCAAAGUCUGGACCGAGGAUGAGGAGAUUGGCCACACGGGCGGAGUCACUAUGGGCAAAGAGACGGUGUAUAUGAUGCAGUUCCCCGGGACCAAGGAGGCUACCUGGGUGUUUGGGCUGUGCGGCACGAAUCGGUAUGCUGGUGCCAGCAUGGAAUGA